GGUGCUCACUUACCCAAUUACCAGAAAUUCAUAGGGCUGCUGCUGCUUACAUGGUACAUACUCAUUUACUAGCACUUCCUCAAAGCAGAAAGAAAAAGAAAAAGCAAAAAAGACAGGGCCAGAACUAUAGUUGUCCUAUAGAUCUUUUUAUAUAAACCCAAGAUUUUCUUUUUCCCAAACAAUAUUGAUCAAGUCUCAAUUUUGAUCUACCCCUUCUCAUCUCUUUUCCUAUUUUUCAGAUUCUUGAAAAACCAAUUUUUUUUCAACAUGUCAGACUAUGGAUCCAAUAAUACAUGCUGCUUUAAGUGCGUCCAAUUCAUAUUAACAGCAGGCUUAACAGCUCUUUUCAUUUGGCUAAGUCUAAGAACCACAAAACCAUCUUGCUCUUUAGAAAAUUUUUACUUACCUGCCCUUAACAAAUCUGAUAACUCCAACUCCACAAGAUCCAAUCAUACACUUUCCUUUCAGCUCAAUUUGAACAACAAGAUGAAGGACAAAGGUGUUCGCUACGAUGACAUUAAACUUAGUUUUUACUAUGGUACAAAUACAAGUUUUCCUAUAGGUAAUUAUACAGUACCUGGUUUUUACCAAGGUCAUGACAAGAAAGCACAUAAAAAGGGUAUGCUGGAAACUCAGAAAAUGCCUUGGAAUGAUGCUUUAAAGAUGGUUUCAAAUGGGUCAAAAGUGGUUUUCAGGGUGGAUAUAGCUACUAGAGUCAGGUACAAGGUCAUUCUUUGGCAUACUAAGAGGCAUAAUUUUACUGUGGAAAAUAGUACAGUGAAAGUGGAUGGUUCAGGUAAAUCAAGUGCACAGCAGCUUCAUUGUUGUUCUGUUGGGCUUCCCCUAAUAUUUUUAUUCAGCUUGCUUCUUCUGUUGUAAAUGAAUAGUCAGGUAUUCAAAAUUUAAACAAUUUGUUAACGUUCUAGUAAUUCUUUUAAUUAAUUAUGUACUAUCAAUUUAUCCGUUUAAAAAAUGUUGGAUUCAGUUGA